UUGCCAUCUUGUGGAUGUUAAUCCUACAAUGAGCAGAAAAAUUGGCGAGCGAAAACACAUAGUAUAUCAGGUUUCUUCAUUAUUCAAGUUUUACGAGAGAACUUUUGCUUUAAUUGAAUUCGAUUGGAUCGAAUCUCAUGCCCGCGCCGCUAAAAUUAUGAAAUCUUCAACAAAUUCCGGAAUUGUUCGAGUAGACACUAAGGGAACGAGAAUUUCCGAUGGCUUGGAUAUAUUUCAUAUGGAGGUCGCGGGUCCUCCAUUAAAUGCAACCGAGAAACAUACUAUGGGUGACGCGAAGAAAACCAUGCAUACAGAUAUUUUAAACUUAAUUGCAGUACUACGAAAUCACCUUGAUUGUAGCUUAAGUCUUGCUAUAAAAAUUAGGGUGUAUAGUAUCCAGUCUAUCAGUGAGUAG